AUGGACUUCCUGGCAGAUAAUAACUUGUGUGGACAGGAGCUGUUGGGUUUGGUAUCUCGUGGGAACGCUAUCAUUGCAGAACUCCAGCGGCUCAGCGAUAACAUUCCUUCUGUCUUCAAAGCUAACAGCAAGGCAGACACGUCACGUUAUGCCAAACUCAUGGUCGACUUUAGCUACUUCCAAACAUUAGAGGUCUUCAACAAGGAAAUUGAGGAAAAUGCAGAUCUCCAAGACCUAGAUGAUGAAUUGCGUGAGAAUUCAAUGCGAAUUUUGAGCCGUUUCUAUGGUGCAUUUGAGAGCGUCCACAAGUUUGUGAGUGAUCUAAAACAAUUCCUGUCUCAUCUGGAGGAGGGCAUUUACAUUCAACAAACAAUGGAGUCUGUAUUUUCAAAUGAUAUUGGGAAGCAACUGAUGUGUGAAAGCCUUUUCCUCUAUGGAAUGAUGCUGAUCAUUGUUGAUGCAAAAUUUGAAGGUGAGACUCGGGAACGAAUGCUUGUGGCAUACUACCGAUACAGUGGGAUUCGUUCCUUUGGUGAGAGCAACAUUGAUGAUGUAUGCAAGCUUCUCAGAUCCACUGGAUAUAGUUACAGUUCCCUACAGAAGCGGCCACUCAAAUACCCAGAAGUGUAUUUUUCUAGAGUUCCAAUCGAUGAAACAUUUGUGAACAUGGUUAUUGGUCGCCUCAGAUCAGAUGAUCUCUACAACCAGAUCUCAGCAUAUCCCUCUCCAGAGCAUCGCAGCACUGCUCUGGCAACCCAGGCCUCCAUGCUAUAUGUCUGUCUCUAUUUUGCACCCAACAUUCUCUGCAAUCAAACGGCAAAAAUGCGGGAGAUCGUAGACAAGUAUUUUGCUGACAAUUGGGUUAUCACCAUUUACAUGGGAAUGGUUGUGAACCUCAUUGAUGCCUGGGAACCAUAUAAGGCAGCUCGAGCAGCCUUGGCGAACAAUUUGGAAUGGAGUGCCAUCAAGGAUUCAGCAAGCCAGCAUGGUCAGCGAAUGCAGAAAUUAAUUGCUGAAACAAGUGACUGGUUGAAAGAGGGUGCUUUAAAUGAGAAUACAGUCUUGGAUCACAUGAAUCGCAUUUUGAACCGUAUGAGAGACUGCAAUGUGUCUCUGAGAUGGCUCAUGCUUCACACUGCCACCACAACACCCAGUGCUGAAUCAAACAAGAAGUGCAGGCAGGUACGCGAUCUGCUGCUGAAUGAAUCUAAGUGCUCAUCGGUUUUGCUUCUGAAGUUCCUCCUCAAUGCAGCUGAAUUUGAGCUGAAAGUGCGGGAUAUUUAUAAAUUUCUGCUGCAAGAAAAGGAAUCUAAGUGGAAAACGUACAAAACUGAAUGCACUGAACGAAUGACAGAAUUAUCCGAAGUUUUUGCCGGUACAAAGCCUCUCAGUCGCAUAGAGAAAAACGAGAAGCUUCAGGCAUGGUGCGCCGACAUCAGCAAAGAAAUCGGACUCCUGGACUCCUCCGACAUCCCCGCCGUCGGCCGCAAGAUAGUCAACAUCAUCCAGGCCCUGGAGGAGGUGCAAGAAUUCCAUCAACUUGAGAGUAAUUUGCACGUGAAGCAGUGCCUGGAAGAGACGGGGAAGUUCCUGCGAUAUCUUCUUCGACUGGUGAACGUCAACGAGAAGACCCUGACCAUCAUACAGAUAGUGGGAGACGUCAGCUACGCGUGGGAGAUAGUCGACAGUGUCACACCCCAGAUGCAGCAGGAGAUCACCAAAGAUCCUGGAAUCGUGUCCAAGUUACGCGCUGUCUUCUUGAAGCUCUCGUCUGCGCUGGACCUUCCUCUUCUCCGAAUCCACCAGGCCAAGAGUCCCGACCUUGUCUCUGUCAGCGACUACUAUUCCAGGGAGCUUGUAGCAUACGUUCGAAAGGUGUUACAGAUCGUGCCCGAAUCCAUGUUCACGGUCCUGGAUAAAAUCGUGAAGUUGCUCACACACCAGCUGAAAGACAUUCCCACGAGACUGGAAAAGGAUAAACUAAAAGAAUAUGCUCAAUUCGACGAGAGGUUCGAGCUGGCCAAACUCACGCACAGCGUGUCUGUCUUCGGAGAGGGCAUCCUCAAGAUGAAGACCACCCUCGUGGGCAUCAUCGAAUUGGAUCCCAAGCAACUCCUCGAGGAUGGGAUCCGGAAGGAGCUGGUGCGGCAGCUGAGCACCAUCCUCGACAAUGGCCUUAUUUUCAGCCCCAGGGCCAAGCAAAGCGAACUCGAGUCGCGUCUCAAUCACGUCGGGAAGAAGAUGGAAGGGUUUCGAAAGGCCUUCGAGUACAUCCAGGACUAUCUGAACAUCUGCGGCCUGAAGAUCUGGCAGGAGGAGAUGACGCGAAUCAUGAACUACAACGUGGAGCGCGAGUGCAACAGCUUCCUCCGAAACAAGGUGGAAGACUGGGAGAGUCUGUACCAGAGCAAGGCCAUCCCCAUUCCCAAGUUUCCGCCGAAAGACGCGGACUCCAUCACCUUUGUUGGGCGCCUGGCGAGGGAGGUACUCCGGAUCACGGAUCCGAAGAAGACCUGCUACAUUGAGAAGAUGUGGAGCUGGUAUGAUCAUCGAUCGCAUAAUGAAGUGGUGAAUGCGAGGAUCUUCUCCCUGGUUGAAAGCAGCAUCGGGACCUGUGGGCUCUAUGGGCUGGAUCGGAUCUUCUCCUUCAUGUUGGUCACCGAGCUCCAGGGAUGCAUCGAUGCCAUCAGGGCGUCUGCCAUGUACAAGGACAAGGGUGCAGUCGAGUCGCUCUCGCACCUGCAGGGCUCGGUGUCUCGCCCUGCAGAUUUUGCGGCUCACACGUUGAAACUGGUGCAGCAAGCCCAGAGUCGUCAUGGGAAAUAUCUCGCUUCCCUCGUGGACUCGUUGAUGCGCAUCGGACAGAUGCAGCUCCUUCGUCGCCGCAUCGGCCACGAACUCAACUCCUCGUGCAAAUUUGAUUCCAAGCACCUGGCGAGCAGUCUCGAUGCAUUCAACAGAGCUCUUCUUGCCGCCAUCCAGGAUCAUUACCGAGACCCGACCAAAGCGUAUCCAGGCGAGGAUAAUGCGAUCCUCUACGAGCUCAACGCGUACCUCGAGUACGCCGGCAUGUGCGACCCCCUGCGGAAGAUCUACGUGACCACCAAUCCGCUGGACCACCUGAGCGCCCUCCUUUUCCUCCUGCUUCACUCCGUCUUCCCGCGCUUCGCGCUCACGCGGUCUCUUCCCGUCCUCGUGCCCAAGAAGCUGCAGGACGGCAUCGACGGCCUGCCCGUCGUCGUGGGGAUCUUCACACUGUGCAAGCAGUUCCACUCGGCCGUCGCGAAGGAGUUCCUGCUGCUCCUCGCCUGCUUCGUUCGAUCCCAGAUCGAGGUGGCCAUCGGGGCGAACCGGAUGGCGGAGAUCCCGCCCGAUGUCCGCGUGGCCGUCCACUCCUUCCAGCAGUUUUGCGGGUUCGCGGGUCUCAGUGCCAAAGAAAUUGACCUGCAGUUGCCUUCCAUCGUCUUCUCGGAAUCUUGGAAUAGCACUCCCAAAUGA